UAUCCACCAUGGUCAUUGAUUGCGCUUCAUAAUAGAUUACAGUAUAUUACAAUGCAGUAGUGUAUUUCUAAUGACCUGCCUGUUGGUCAAUGCUGGUCUUAACCAUACUGAGGUCAAUGCCUGUGGCCUGGAUGUGACUAUUUCGCGGGAGGAAAGUAUUUGAAAGGAGCGCAUGUUUUUCUCUACGGAAGUGACAGCGAGACACUUAUGGCGGCACUCUGUCCAAUUCCUGAUUUCUUUGAAAGUUGCGUUGACGGCGUCUAGUUGGGACCUUUGCCAUAUUUCGUAAACCAACUUAUUUAUCAACGAAACUAAGCAAGGUUAGAAGGGCAUUGUUUGCAUUUCAUAAAGACGUCUUUUCACACUUAGUGAAAGUCUAGCUUGCUAGGUAGUGACCGAGAACCAGUGAAUGUUAUUCGUCUGGAUUCCUCGCUUUCGUAUUUAAUGACGGUUUUGCGUUGUAGGCUACUUUUUACGUUUAAUUUUUUCAUUCAUUUUCAGUGGAGUGUAGCGAAAGUAAGAUUUGAACUGAGCCCACGAUUGCCAUUGGCCAGUGUCUACUCGACCUGCGGUUUCGGGAGGGAAGAGGCUGGGGUCCCGACUCAAUUGGAGUCGCUCGGGUUGUACCAUGCUGAAGACUCAUCACCGUUUACUUGGCAUUCACACUUUCGUCGGAGUUACAUCUAGAAUAUGGGGGUUUAUUCUGUACAUACUCAGGAAGCAUUUACGGACGAUAAUCCAGUACCAAACGGUGCGUUAUGACACACUACCUCUGUUGCCUGUGUCCAGAAACAGACUCAAUGCAGUCAAGAGGAAGAUUCUGGUGCUGGACCUUGACGAGACCUUAAUCCACUCCCACCCUGAUAGGUUGGUGAGACCCAAAGUGAGACCAGGCACUCCACCAGACUUCAUCCUAAAGGUGGUGAUCAACAGACAUCCUGUCAGGUUUUUAGUACAUAAAAGACCGCAUGUGGACUUCUUCUUAGAAGUGGUGAGUCAGUGGUAUGAGCUGGUGGUUUUCACAGCCAGUAUGGAAAUAUAUGGCUCAGCCGUGUCUGACAAGCUAGACAGAGACAUCCUUAAACGAAGAUACUACAGACAGCACUGUACAUUGGAUCUGGGUAGCUAUUUUAAAGAUCUUUCUGUGGUGCACAAUGAUCUAUCUAGCAUAGUCAUCCUGGACAACUCGCCUGGAGCCUACCGCAUCCACCCUGACAAUGCAAUACCCAUCAAAUCGUGGUUCAGCGACCCAAGCGACACAGCUCUACUUAACCUGCUUCCCAUGCUAGACGCACUUAGGUUCACCUCAGAUGUCCGAUCCGUCCUCAGUCGAAAACUCCAUCAGCAUCGGCUAUGGGGAUUCGUCCAUCGGGGUCGCAGUUGCAAAUGAGAACUUGUUCUCAACUAGCCUACCUGGUUAAAUAAAGGUAAAUUAAAAAAAUCUCUACUUGCACAUCUAUCACUCCAGUGUUAAUGCUACAUUGUCAUUAUUUCGCCUAUUUAUUGCCUUACCUCCCUACUCUUCUAGAUUUUCACACACUGUACAUAUAUUGUUUUAUAUUGUGUUAUAUUGACUACGUUCGUUUAUAUGUAACUCUGUGUUUUUGUCGCACUGUUUUGCUUUAUCUUGGCCAGGUCGCAGUUGCAAAUGAGAACUUGUUCUCAACUGGCCUACCUGGUUAAAUAGAGGUUUAAUAAAAUAACCUUACUCCUGUAUAUACAGAAAUUUGACAAAAUAAUUGAAAAUAGGCUACUACACCAGAAAGCAUUAUUUGGCCACAGAGGAUCAUUGGGUGCUUUACUCACCUUUUCACUGACGGUCGCAAUUUAACAAUCAUAUAUUUGGUAUUUGCAGCGCGCACUGCCCAAAUUACGAGCCAUUUCCGAAUGUAGGCUAUACGAUUUGGUGAGUGUGCAUGUUUACUGUCUUAUCAUUGGGUCAGUACCACUUUUGUUUGUUUUUGGACAAUCAUUUUCUCCAGGUCAGAUGGACGUCAUAUUGUAUUUAUAUCUCCCCUUUUUCGUAGGUCUAUUAUAUGGAUCAGACAAAAGUUUGUAUUGAUCUGUUUGCCAGUGUCAGCAGAGUAGUAUACCCUGUACGUUUUGUGGGCGCACUUGGGUGUCCCGUACCGGUAAGUAAUUCAAUCUACUGUCACCCCUGGAUAACGUUGAGUUUUAAUUGCAUGGAUCGGUCGUUUUUAAACCACGGGUUUGCAGAUUGAUUCACUUUUUGGCUUGGCUAGCUAGCUUUUGUUUAAAAAAAAAUGGAUCUCGACACAGUACCAUCUUUUUUUGUUUUCCCUGGCUGACAAUUCCUGAUAUUUUGAGAAUAUAUUUGAGGAAUCGCCUGAAGCGUGAGAUGAAUGGGAGACUGGAAUACAGGAAUACAACAGUGCUGAGGCAGAGAGCUCGUAGGGAGGACGACGCUACUAUUCUGAAUUUUGUGUGAUACGUUUUCUGGCGCCCAGAGCUGCUGAUACAGAGUGGAAGAGAAGUCCAGUUGCUAUAAAACUCGGGCUGGUUCCCAGACUUGCCCUCUACAAGAUCACCUGCAGACCCCAUCACCAUAUAAUCUACCAUCCUCGGAAAAUACAGUUUUCAAAUAUUUUGCCUUUUGCUGCUUUCAUGUGCUAUUCGGAACACGGAACCAAGGACAUUUCCGACUUGCUAACUGGUUGUAGUUCUACACGUACCGCCUUCAACGAAUCAGCAUGUCGGACAUUUCCGAGUUUCCUAGUUC